GAAAAUGGCGGCGUUAAGCAUCAUUGGAGGGUGGAGUUUUAGAUCCUUGACGUCAAAAGGUCACUCAAGGAACACCUCUACAGGCCCAAGUGGGGUCAGUGGGGUCAACCUGUAUUCGAUGGAGGUCUCUACGUCCGUACUUGUGGAAGGCUUCAGGACAAAAUGUUUCAUUUAAGGACUUGUGCUGCUAAGUUAAGGCCAUUGACAGCCUCCCAGACUGUUAAGACAUUUUCACAAAACAAACCAGCAGCAAUUAGGACGUUUCAACAGAUUCGGUGCUAUUCUGCACCUGUAGCUGCUGAACCAUUUCUUAGUGGGACUAGUUCGAACUAUGUGGAGGAAAUGUACUGUGCCUGGUUGGAGAAUCCCAAAAGUGUACAUAAGUCAUGGGACAUUUUUUUCCGAAACACCAAUGCUGGAGCCCCACCGGGCACUGCCUACCAGAGCCCCCUUUCCCUGAGUCGAAGCUCCCUGGCUACCAUGGCCCAUGCACAGUCCCUGGUGGAAGCACAACCUAACGUCGACAAACUCGUGGAGGACCACUUGGCGGUGCAGUCUCUCAUCAGGGCAUAUCAGGUCAGGGGUCACCACAUUGCAAAACUUGAUCCUCUCGGAAUUAGUUGUGUAAAUUUUGAUGAUGCUCCGGUAACUGUUUCUUCAAACGUGGAUCUUGCAGUUUUCAAGGAACGACUUCGAAUGCUAACAGUAGGAGGGUUCUAUGGCCUACACGAGUCUGACCUUGACAAGGUCUUCCACUUACCCACCACCACUUUCAUCGGGGGACAGGAGCCAGCACUUCCUCUUCGGGAGAUCAUCCGUCGGCUGGAGAUGGCCUACUGCCAGCACAUUGGUGUGGAGUUCAUGUUCAUUAAUGAUUUGGAACAAUGCCAGUGGAUCCGACAGAAGUUUGAGACCCCUGGAAUCAUGCAGUUCACCAAUGAGGAGAAGCGGACCUUGCUGGCCAGGCUUGUACGAUCCACCAGGUUUGAGGAGUUCCUACAGCGAAAGUGGUCCUCGGAGAAGCGUUUUGGUCUGGAAGGCUGUGAGGUGCUGAUCCCUGCCCUCAAGACAAUCAUUGAUAUGUCAAGUGCAAAUGGAGUGGACUAUGUGAUCAUGGGGAUGCCACACAGAGGACGGCUGAACGUGCUUGCAAAUGUCAUCAGGAAGGAGCUGGAGCAAAUAUUCUGUCAGUUUGACUCAAAGCUGGAGGCAGCUGAUGAGGGUUCUGGGGACAUGAAGUACCACCUGGGCAUGUAUCACCGCAGGAUCAACCGUGUGACCGACAGAAACAUCACUUUGUCCUUGGUGGCUAACCCUUCCCAUCUAGAGGCUGCUGACCCUGUCGUGAUGGGAAAGACCAAAGCUGAACAGUUCUACUGUGGAGACACUGAAGGGAAAAAGGUGAUGUCUAUCCUGCUGCAUGGGGAUGCUGCUUUUGCUGGCCAGGGCAUCGUAUAUGAGACCUUCCAUCUCAGCGACUUGCCGUCCUACACAACCCAUGGCACUGUUCAUGUGGUUGUCAACAACCAGAUUGGCUUCACCACAGACCCUCGGAUGGCCCGCUCCUCUCCCUACCCCACUGAUGUGGCCCGAGUGGUGAAUGCCCCCAUUUUCCAUGUCAACUCAGAUGACCCUGAAGCUGUCAUGUAUGUAUGCAAGGUGGCAGCUGAGUGGAGAAACACCUUCCACAAGGAUGUUGUAGUUGAUCUGGUGUGUUAUCGACGAAAUGGCCACAAUGAGAUGGACGAACCUAUGUUUACACAGCCACUCAUGUACAAGCAGAUCCGCAAGCAGAAGCCUGUACUGCAGAAGUAUGCAGAAUUGCUAGUCUCCCAGGGUGUCGUCAAUCAGCCUGAGUACGAGGAGGAAAUCUCCAAGUAUGAUAAGAUCUGUGAGGAAGCAUUUACCAGAUCCAAAGAUGAGAAGAUCUUGCACAUCAAGCACUGGCUGGAUUCCCCCUGGCCUGGCUUUUUCACCCUGGAUGGACAGCCCAGGAGCAUGACCUGCCCCUCCACUGGCCUGGAGGAGGAUGUCUUGUUCCACAUUGGAAAGGUGGCCAGCUCUGUACCUGUGGAGAACUUUACUAUCCAUGGAGGGCUGAGCCGGAUCUUGAAGACCCGCAGAGAGCUUGUGACGAACCGGACUGUGGACUGGGCCCUGGCAGAGUACAUGGCAUUUGGCUCACUGCUGAAGGAAGGCAUCCAUGUGCGGCUGAGUGGCCAGGAUGUGGAGCGGGGCACCUUCAGCCAUCGCCACCAUGUGCUCCAUGAUCAGAAUGUUGACAAAAGAACCUGCAUCCCCAUGAACCACCUUUGGCCAAAUCAGGCCCCUUACACUGUAUGCAACAGCUCGCUGUCUGAGUACGGUGUCCUGGGCUUUGAGCUGGGCUUUGCCAUGGCUAGCCCUAAUGCUCUGGUUCUCUGGGAGGCCCAGUUUGGUGACUUCAACAACAUGGCACAGUGCAUCAUUGACCAGUUCAUCUGCCCAGGACAGGCAAAGUGGGUGCGGCAGAAUGGCAUUGUGCUCCUGCUGCCUCAUGGCAUGGAAGGCAUGGGUCCCGAGCAUUCCUCUGCCCGCCCAGAGCGGUUUCUGCAGAUGUGCAAUGAUGACCCAGAUGUCCUGCCUGACCUGCAGGAAGAAAACUUUGACAUCAAUCAGCUCUAUGACUGCAACUGGAUUGUUGUCAACUGUUCCACCCCUGGCAACUUCUUCCAUGUGCUGCGACGACAGAUCUUGCUGCCCUUCCGGAAGCCGUUAAUCGUCUUCACUCCCAAAUCCCUCCUGCGCCACCCUGAGGCAAGAACUAGCUUUGACGAGAUGCUGCCAGGAACGCACUUCCAGCGUGUGAUCCCAGAAAAUGGACCUGCAGCUCAGGACCCACACAAAGUCAAGAGACUUCUCUUCUGCACUGGGAAGGUGUACUAUGACCUCACCCGAGAGCGCAAAGCCAGGAACAUGGAGGAGGAGGUGGCUAUUACAAGGAUUGAGCAGCUAUCACCAUUCCCCUUUGACCUCCUGCUGAAAGAGGCACAGAAGUAUCCCAAUGCUGAGCUGGCCUGGUGCCAGGAAGAGCACAAGAACCAAGGCUACUAUGACUAUGUCAAGCCAAGACUUCGUACCACCAUUGACCGUGCUAAGCCUGUCUGGUAUGCUGGCCGAGACCCGGCAGCUGCUCCAGCCACUGGCAACAAGAAAACACACCUGACAGAGCUGCAGCGCUUUCUGGACACAGCCUUUGACCUGGACGCAUUCAAGAAAUUCUCUUAGAUGCUCCUGGAGUUGAUGAGGCCAUGGCCCCCAUGUCCAUGACGCUCUUUGCUUCUCAACUAAAGAAUAGUGCCUCAGCACUGUCCACACGUCCCUUCGCUGUGCCACACCACCCCUGUUCUCAUAGGAAUUAAGUUGUCCACUGCAGUGCUCAGCUGCUCCCCGGUCACAUGCUGCCCAGCCUGUGCCGACUUCUCUCAGGCUGCACACCGUUCAUGGAGACCGGAAGGAGCAGAAUAAGGAAAGGGCCCCUCUCAGGACAUCCUAGAGAAGGAAGGCAGCUCUGGCCCCACCCAUGCCCCCAGUGCAAUCCUCCAGGGUAGGAACAGAACCCUAUGUGGCUUCCCAGGGUACUAGCACUCAGCCCUCGUCACCCAUCAAGUCGCAGAUUCAAGGCCAGGAGUAGUUUCAUCUUGCUAGGGCCAAGCUGAGAGCUCAUGGAGGAACUAUAGCUGCCAGGAUUUGGGAGUCAUCAGGAUGUUGUGUGAAUAGAGAUUGUCAUGGGGUAUUUAGAGGACUUUAGCAGUGAUGUUAGUCUAGCCCUGCUACCCUUCUUGGGUUUGGGCUGUAUGUGGGAAACUUACCCCAGCUACCACGCCUGGAGAGCUUGGCUCUGAGUACGGCCCAGAAGCUCCAUUGGCUCCCAACGCCAGGCACUGCUGCCUCUUGGUCCUGCUGCCUCUGCUCUCCUGACCCCUCCCCAGUCACUUCAUUUUCUCUGUUGUUCCCUUGAACACACAGAAGCUGUUGACGAAUUCUUUUUUUUGCUGUGCCAAGGCAGGUCAAAAGCAGAUCAGUGGAUAAGAGCAAGUUGUCCCAAGGAGCCAGCUGUCCUUCCUCCCUCUUUUGACCUCCACUGGGACACACCUGAUUUAUUUAUUUUGGUUAAAAAAAAAAAAGGAAAUGAAAAAAGAACAACCACCUUUGCAUUGCAUCGGCUUGACCCAUAAACUAAGUUAUCAUGGCCAGCCUGCCUGCUGUCGUGUGUUCCGCCUCCUCCCUGCCUGCCUGAGAACAGUCUUCUUGUUGGGGUGGGGGGGUCCCAGCUGCCAUUUGCCAACUGGAUGUGUGCCCCACAGCUUUCUGUUCCCCCUCAUGGGCAGCAGCCAUUAUCAACAGCGCAGCCUGGGCCUUCAGCAUCUCAUUUCCCCUGCCACCCAUUAUCUUGGUUUUAGGCAUGUCUAAUAACUACAGUCGGCACCAGGAGAGAAUGUCCUGGGACAGGAACAAUGCCCCUUACUCUCAGAGGUGGGACUCACAGGACCAAAGUUUGUAUCUGCCUGUGGUCGGCAUGUUGCUGUCUGGUAUCCCCUUCUCCCUUGGGACAGCCAGGCUGUUUUGCAUACAAAGCUGGACUAGAGGAAGGGAAGCUUAGCGGGGUGUGGGUGAGUGCAGGACAGGAUCUCCAUAAGCAGUACACCUGGGAACGCCACAGGAGAGCUAGUUCAUUCAUGGGGGGGCAGGAUUUAUAUGGCCAUGGACCAUUGGCCGGGGCAGGGGUGUUGGAAGAUACCUCAUCUGCAUGCUCAGGGGCAACACUUUAUAAGGUCAAACAAGUGAAGCCUGAUAACUGCCAGGUAAUAAAUUCUACUGGGGUUGAUGAUGGUGAGGAGCCAGGUUUAUGGUGCCAUGUUCAGAGGGGGAGGGAGCCAGUUCAUGCAGCCCUCAUGUUUAAAGUAUCCAGUGCCCUGGGCCAUUACGGACCCACACUUGUUUUUGAAUUUUGUUUUGCUUUCAAGAAUCAAAUUGACUUUUAUUAUUCAUAUACUUUGUAGAAAGGGGGAUUUAAUAAACAGGGUAGAGCUGUAUGAAGGAUAGGGUCCUUGGAGGCAGCUAGUCUCUUCCUUGACUGGUCUUGUGUGGGCCAGGUAACUAUGGUUGCCUGCAGUGGAGGUGUCAAGCCUAAGGAGGUGUCAUUUUGUAACCUUCCCCCUGACUUCCAGCUAUUUGGGGCUUUCUGUCCCCUCCUGCAGUGUUCUGAGCCUUCAAGACAAUGGCAUGAGUAAGUUGUGAAGGCUGGACCCACAUCUUGAUACUUGUUUUCUGCAUCUUGGGCAGCUAAGCAUCUGCCUUCUGUGUUCAUUCACCACCAUUCAAUGUAAGAAGAUGCUUCUCAGCCGGGCGUGGUGGCGUGCGCCUUUGAUCCCAGCACUUGGGAGGCAGAGGCAGGUGGAUCUCUGAGUUUAAGGACAGCCAGGGCUACACAGAGAAACCCUGUCUCGAAAAAAAGAAAAAGAAAAAAAAGAAAAUGCUUCUCUGAUGAAAAUUGGGCACCUCUUUUGUCUAACGGUUUAAAUAGGUAUUUAGAAAGCAACGUGUUGGGCUGGUGAGAUGGCUCAGUGGGUAAGAGCACCCGACUAAGUUCAAAUCCCAGCAACCACAUGGUGGCUCACAACCACCCGUAAUGAGAUCUGAUGCCCUCUUCUGGUGCAUCUGAAGACAGCUACAGUGUACUUUACAUAUAAUAAAUAAAUAAAUAAAUCUUUAAAAAAAAAAAAAUAGAAAGCAACGUGCUACUACACCAGCUUAGUUAAGUCCACAGGGACAGCUAUCUCCACAGGCCUGGCUUAUUAGACAAGCUUCUAAUACCAGGCACUGACACCCCCAUGAAGGAGUCUUGAAUCCUUUAACAACUACCACAACACACACACACGUCAAGACACUAUUACACACAAAGGCAUAUCAUGGUGUUCCUAUUGGUCUCUUUGUCCUCCUCUUAUCCUGGCUAACCCUCCAUCUCACCUGCCUACAUUUCCCUCCUAUGGCAUCCUUCCUUUUUGCCUGUGUCUACCAUCUCAUCUCCUUUCAGAAAUGCCCUUCCCGGGCUGGUGAGAUGGCUCAGUGGGUAAGAGCACCCGACUGCUCUUCCGAAGGUCAGGAGUUCAAAUCCCAGCAACCACAUGGUGGCUCACAACCAUCUGUAACGAGAUCUGACUCCCUCUUCUGGAGUGUCUGAAGACAGCUACAGUGUACUUACAUAUAAUAAAUGAAUAAAAUCUUUAAAAAAAAAAAAAAAAAAAAAGAAAUGCCCUUCCCUUGUGCCCAGCUUGCAUAGGUACUCCACAUUAGACACUCCAUCCUAAGAGUUAUAUAAGAGAGAGCAUGCAGUUUGUCCUUUUGGGCCUCGGUUACCUCAGAGCAAAAGAGAAAAAGAAAGGGAAAUGGGGGAAGGAUUUGUGUGAGGGGAUUCUGGGGGAGGGGAAGGACCGAUAUUGGGAUGUAAAGGGAAUGAAUUAAUUUAUAAAAAAGAAAUUGGUCUGGCAAGAUGGCUUAGCACUGACUGCUCUUCCAAAGUUCAAAUCCCAGCAACCACAUGGUGACUCACAGCCAUCUAUAAUGAGAUCCAAUGCCUCCUUCUGGUGUGUCUGAAGACUGCUACAGUGUACUUAUGUAUAAUAAUAAAUAAAUCUUUGGGCCGGA